AGGCGUUCCAGGCCGUGGGGGAGAUGGGCAUCUACCAGAUGUACUUGUGCUUCCUGCUGGCCGUGCUGCUGCAGCUCUAUGUGGCCACGGAGGCGAUCCUCAUUACUCUGAUUGGGGCCACGCCAUCGUACCGCUGGGACCUGGCAGAGCUCCUGCCUAAUCAGAGCCAUGGCAACCAGUCAGCUGGUGAAAACCAGGCCUUUGGGGACUGGCUGCUCACAGCCAAUGGCAGCGAGAUCCACAAGCACGUGCAUUUCAGCAGCAGCUUCACCUCCAUCGCCUCGGAGUGGUUCUUAAUCGCCAACAGAUCAUAUAAGGUCAGCGCAGCCAGCUCCUUCUUCUUCAGUGGCGUGUUUGUUGGAGUCAUCUCUUUUGGUCAGCUGUCAGACCGCUUCGGAAGGAAAAAAGUCUAUCUCACAGGUUUCGCUCUUGACAUCUUAUUUGCUAUUGCAAAUGGAUUUUCCCCUUCAUAUGAGUUCUUUGCAAUAACUCGCUUCCUGGUGGGCGUGAUGAAUGGAGGGAUGUCCCUGGUGGCCUUCGUUUUGCUGAAUGAAUGUGUGGGCACCGCCUACUGGGCACUCGCAGGAUCGAUUGGCGGCCUCUUCUUUGCAGUUGGCAUUGCCCAAUAUGCCCUGUUAGGGUACUUCAUCCGCUCCUGGAGGACCCUAGCCGUUCUGGUUAACCUGCAGGGGACAGUGGUCUUUCUCUUAUCUUUAUUCAUUCCUGAAUCACCUCGUUGGUUAUACUCCCAGGGUCGCCUGAGUGAGGCUGAGGAAGCCCUGUACCUCAUCGCCAGGAGGAACCGCAAGCUCAAGUGCACCUUCUCACUAAAACAUGCAACCAACAGGAGCUGCAGGGAGACCGGAAGUUUCCUGGACCUCUUCCGUUACCGCGUUCUCCUAGGACACACUCUGAUCCUGAUGUUCAUCUGGUUUGUGUGCAGCUUGGUGUAUUAUGGCCUAACUCUGAGUGCAGGUGAUCUAGGUGGAAGUAUUUAUGCCAACCUGGCCCUGUCUGGCCUCAUAGAGAUCCCAUCUUAUCCUCUCUGCAUCUACUUGAUUAACCAAAAAUGGUUUGGCCGGAAGCGGACGUUAGCAGCAUUUCUGUGCCUAGGAGGCCUGGCUUGUCUUAUUGUAAUGUUUCUUCCAGAGAAGAAAGACACAGGUGUGUUUGCAGUGGUGAACAGCCAUUCCUUGUCCUUGCUGGGGAAGCUGACCAUCAGCGCCGCGUUUAACAUCGUCUACAUCUACACCUCGGAGCUGUACCCCACGGUCAUCAGGAAUGUUGGGCUUGGAACUUGUUCCAUGUUCUCCCGAGUUGGUGGGAUCAUUGCUCCCUUCAUCCCCUCACUGAAAUAUGUGCAGUGGUCUCUGCCUUUCAUUGUCUUUGGAGCCACCGGCUUGACCUCGGGCCUCCUCAGUUUAUUACUGCCAGAAACCCUUCACAGUCCUCUGCUGGAGACGUUUUCUGACCUUCAGGUGUAUUCCUAUCGCAGGCUCGGGGAGGAAGCCUUAUCUCUGCAGACCCUGGACCCUCCACAGUGUGUGGACAAGGAGAGCACUUUAGGGAGUGAGAGUGAGGAAGAGGAAGAAUUUUAUGAUGCUGAUGAAGAGACUCAGAUGAUCAAGUGAACACUCCCAGAUUCCUCCUCGGAAGCGAAGGUUGUGUUUUAUGCCUCUGGCUAAGGCAGGUUCUUCUUAAGAGUUGUAGAAAGGUUUGGUUUAAAUAGCCACGGAUGAUACUCAGUGUGGACUGAUUUUUUUCCAACCACCAAGGGAAGUUGGAGAAGAGAUUUCAUGAGAGAUGACAUCACUGCAUUGAAGGAAGAUUUGUUAAUUUGUCCAAAAGUCAAGUCGAACUCUCAGAAUCGUGACCUCUGGUAAAUUGCCGAAAUCCACUUUCCAGAGUGUUGGGCUGAUGUGUUUCUAGAGGUUGAUUAUGUUGCUUUUCCUUCAUGAUUACCUAAAAGCAGAUGUGUACAAUUCUUCACUACCAUAGUGGGAUAAGAUAAAUGAUCCUUAAGAUUAAAUCUUUAGCUCAUGCCUGUAGAUCCCAGCACUUUGGGACCUGAGGCGGAAGGCUCACUUGAGGCCUGGGCAACACAG